GGCGGUCCUGGCGCGCAGGCGCCCGGGGAGAGCCGCGUGGGGGAAGGCGGCGCUCGGGCCUGCGGCGGGAUAUUCCGGGGCUGCGAGAGCGAAUUUGCUGUCUUGGUAUCCCAUGGCUUGCUUUACUGGGCCCUGGAGCCCCAUCGCCCAUGUAAGCAGAGCACUCAGCCAUCGCUAUUUCAGCACCACUGGGAGCCUCAGUGCAAUUCAGAAGAUGACGCGGGUGCGAGUGGUGGACAACAGCGCCCUGGGGAACACCCCAUACCAUCGCCCUCCUCGGUGCAUCCACGUCUAUAACAAGAGCGGGGUGGGCAAAGUGGGCGACCGGAUACUGCUGGCCAUCAGGGGACAGAAGAAAAAGGCGCUCAUUGUGGGGCAUCGCAUGCCUGGCCCCCGAAUGACCCCCAGGUUCGACUCCAACAAUGUGGUCCUCAUUGAGGACAAUGGGAACCCUGUGGGGACCCGAAUUAAGACACCCAUCCCCACCAGCCUGCGCCGGAAGGAAGGCGAGUAUUCCAAGGUGCUAGCCAUUGCUCAGAACUUCGUGUGAGCAGAGCCCAGGCAUCUGGUUGCAGGGGGCUCGUGAAUGGAGCAGUUCUGAGAACUGCACCUUUGCUGAGGGAACUUGGGAACCACAUGGCUGCCCCCUCCCUGUGUUGGGUAGCAGUAACAGUGUCUGUGAGAGAAUAAACAUUUUCGUGUAUGUUUU